ACUACGACCACAGCGCAGCAUCCAUCUACUAGCUCCCGCCUCGCGCAAACAGGAAAAAAAAACAACCAAAAGCAAGCAAAAAUGAGUUCCGCAGACAAAAACAGUGAAGUUGAGGUGGAGAAUGUUGCCGCCGCCGAGGAGAAGGCAGAGACCAAGGAGGUGAAAGGAGUCAAGCGGCCCGCCGACGAAAAAACCGCCGAAACGAAAAAAGUAAAGAAGGACGAAAACGGUGCCGGCGAGGAAGAGGAAGAAGUGGAAGACGAGGGAGAGGAGCUGGAGGGUGAGGAUGAGGAGUACGACCUUCCAUACGGUGAUGAGGAGGACAUCGAAGCAGAAGAUGAGGAAGAGGAGGAGGGUGAUGAUGUCGAGGGAGAGGAGGAGGACGAGGACGCGUAAUGAAUGAAAGUGCAUAUGUGAGAGUGAGACUAACAAAAAACAAAAAAACAAAAUAACUCUAGUAAUAGGUGAUUUAUUAUUUUGAAUUUGCGUUAGUGGAGCUGCAAGGUAGAAGAAGAAGAAGAAGAAGAAGUAUAUGCAUCGAUGAAAACGAGUGUAAAGUUUGUUUGUGUAUAUAUUUUAUAAAAAAUGAAGAAGAAGAAAACCAACUAAAAACGCGAACUCACACACAUAUACAGUACCCACACACAUACUAGAAGGACGACACACACUAUGGACAGAUAUAUUGGAUAGAGGAGAGUAAAGGGGAGAGGAGGCCCGUAGCUACUGAAAAGGCAGGCGGCGCAAACAGAGACCGACAAAGAGAUAGAGAGCGAUAGAGAGCGAGAGAGAGCGUUAGAAAUAACACAAAUAAUACUACUAUCGGUGGGUGGUAGGCAAAAAACACCUCCCGCGCAGCUCCCAACACCCACCACCACCAAAACCGAACUUUCCAUCCUUCGUGUAGUAGUAGUCAAGCACACUCGCGCGAAGCACAGUGUGGUAAGUGGAGGAGAGAUAGAGAAAGCGCAUUACAAAUCAACCACUACUCACUCACAAAUCAAUAGAGAGAAGUCAGAUCGAAAAUAUCUCGUCGUUGCAAAAUGUGCAUGAUGAAGUUAUGCGUACGCGCCGCCAUACACUCAGAAGACGACGACACGCCGCCUCUGGAUGUGUCCUCCUUCCGGACCCGCUCGCCCACGCCGUCCCAGCGCCACACGGAAAAAAGGAUCCGUAUCCGAGCUGCUGAAAUUUCGCAACGAGCAUCCGCUGCCGCCGCCGCCAUGCCACUAUAAUCGCCUAAGAGAGAAAGAGAGUUUGCCUCCUUCAAGCGGCAAACACACGCGCGCUCACCUGCAGCAUGAAAGUGCUCCGGCAAUGGCGGCAGGCGGUGAUGUGUAGUACAGCCGACAGUAGCAGCAGCAUAACCAACGAGGAUAUAAGUAGCCGACGACGAGAGCCGAGAGAGAGCGCGCGCGUGCAUUCAACAUGUGCGGGACAGAGAGGUCAGAUCAUCUUAAGAUUUUCACGGUUCGUAGCAAUUUUGUGUCGUCUAAGCGCAAUCCAAGCAAGCCGCCGUCUCUGCCGCCGCCAACCUAUUACACCUACUACAAAGCGCGCGCAGGUCACAUGCACCCAACCGAGAAGGUCACAUCGGCUCAUCCUCUCACCACCAGCACGGCGUGAGAGGAGAGGGGAGGGGGCGCAUGCACCGACUCCACUACUGUGUGUGUGUGUGUGUGUGUGUGUGUAUGUGUGUGUGUUCUAGCAAAACAUACAGACAUAGACACGCGGUGUGUGUGUGUCUCGUCAAGGUGCGCGAGGGCGGAAAGAGGAGGGGGUACAACAUUAGUCAUUAAUGAAAUGGGUUAAAAAGUACAUUUAACGUUGCAUAGGACAGCCGCUGACAACCACCACCACCACCACCCCCACGAUUGUUGGCGUGGGGAUGUGAAGGGAAGUGGCGCGCGUAGUAAGGAAGAAGCUGCUGUGUGUAGUGGGUCACGAAGAGAGGAAGAGGAGCAACAUAGAACCAGCAUAACAACAGCAUUAUUACUAUGAUGAGACACAUUCACACAAACACACACAAGACUAGGCAAACAAACAAACAGCCAAACAAGAAUUAUAAGAAAAAGGUGCACGCAAGACGCGCGAUGGUGGUGGUAUGUAAGACUUGUGAUGGAUCUCAUCUCAAUUAAGAUUCGUGUCGGACUAUUAGCAGGGAAGUAGAGAGAGAGAGAAAGGUGUUAGUGUAGCGGCAGGAGCCUUCGGUACCGUGCAAUCGCCGCUCACACGCCCACCACCUACUCUACCACACCAUCCACAGAACUCCAUUUCUCACAAGUGUCUACCCUUGCACACACACACACGCAUCCUAUUGACGUAUAUUACGACAAGAAGCAUAAGGUACCGCGACUAAUAAAAUGACUAAAGGGGGGAGAGAGACAGAGUUAAUGAUAAUAAAACAAAACAAAACCAAGGAUCUAACCUCUGAUCCCUGACCGCGUGGACUACUCAUUCACUUUAGCAGCAGAACGACCGGACCAGUAAGGGAAGGACAAACGCGGACCGGUAGACUAAGACGAGACGUACGGACGGACGGACUAACGAGGACGAGUGGACAAUCAGACGAACGGAGCUAAACGGUAGAAGGAAAACCGACGUUAUAAUUGCAAAUAGAGAAAGUAAAUAGAAGGAAAAGGUAGUAGUUCUUUUUGCAUGCGGCAACACCAUGCAAACACACACACAAUAAACCGGAAACAGAAUGUAGAUCGCAUUGAGCAACAGUUAUUAACCGGAAAGGAAGAGAGGUACUGAGGUAGAGGGAGAGAGAGAGAGAACUCUAGUAAUAGCCAGGAGAGAUGAGUCACAAACCGUGUUUCAACGGAAACUCAUACACUUACACAACCACACAUACACACACACAUACACCCAUAAACAAGCGCGUUCUUAACGCGGCGGGAAUAUGAUGAAGUUCUUUUUGGUUAUUUUAGGUUUUUUUUUAAACAUUUGUUUUCCUUUUACAAAUGAUAAUAGUAGAAGAAGAAAGUAACAAAGAAGAAGUGUAUCUCCUUCAUUUCCAAAAAGCAAACACAAGAAAGUAAUAUUUCCUCCAAGUGUGGUUGAAAGCGGGUUGAAAGAGGAGAGUGGUGUGGUGUGGUGGUGAUGAUGCGGUGCAGCAGCAUGUUGAACGUACGCGAAUAGUUUUAGAGCGUGGUGACCAGCAGCACCCGCCUACUGCUUUUCUCUGUUUCCCAUGCCCUGCUACGCAACAUCAUCACCACACACACACACUACAUACACAUACCACCCGAACGCCUGAUUGUGACCACAAAAGCAACAACAGCAAACAAAAAAAAGAAAGGAUUAUACCCCUCCAGCAAAAAACGCAAAAAAACAAAAACAAAACUAAACAACUAUCUUUUAAUUAAAUGUUUUCGGACAGAAAAUACUAUGAUUAUGGUAAAUAACGUUUAAGGUCGUUUCGUGGCGAAAUUCGUCAUGGGAGAUGCGAAAAAUAAAGAAAAACAAAAAACACUGACACACA